AGGUAUUUUUUAGUCUAUGCCGUAAUGGUCGCAUUGCUAACAGAAGCCAAUCAGUAAUUGCGACAAUAAUAAUUCAAUGUGCGUUCGCCGCGCGCGUUUUUAUUUCAUAUUAAUUAAUUCACAAAUACAAUUUGAAGUCUUGCGGGCAUAAAAACGCGAAAGUCGGUGUCGACAUCGCCAACGCUGCCAAUGCGGUUGCAUGUUGGACUUGGAGUGAAACUAGCGCUUAGAAUUAAAGCGAGUAGCAAUUAAAUAUGCUUUGGUUCCUUAACACAGAUGAACCUGCUGCUGUUGUUGUCGCUCUUGUUAUUUAGAGUAUCGGCAAAGUGGUUAUUGAACGACUGAAACGAUUGCUAUGAUGCGCUAUUCGGAAAUAUCGCGCGAUCUGUCCACGGAUAAUCUGCGCUAUUCAGAGCUGAGCAGAAAACCAACAGCGGACUAUGUAGCUUAUGAUGGACAGAGUUAUGUCAAGGCCUCCCCAACGCAGUCGCCGUGUCACCAACAGCAGCAAUCAUCGCCGCAGCUGACGCGGCAGUUGAUGAAGCAUCGUGGUUCCACUGGCAAUGCACACACCAUGGCCUGUUUGCGUCAGGAGAAGGCACAAAAGGAGCUGCGAACGGAACAAAUUCAGGCACAGCAGCCAACCAGCAAAACGCUGAAUAUAAAGAGCACACGUCGCAAGAACUCCAUUGGCUGCUUGACUAGCUUUAGCUCUUCGCCAGACUCGCCGGGUUGCUACUACAGCAUAGCUACAACUGCAGCGCCAGCGAAUAAAUCUCAGAGUCUGCCGGCGCAUGGCUCCAUCAAAGAACUGGAUGCGGUCAUUUUGAGUGCAUUGCGUGUUCCCGCCGAUCUGCUGGCAAAUCAGAUAACACUGCUCGACUUUCCAGUUUUUGCGCUCAUACAGCCCGAUGAGCUCAGCAGCUGCGCCUGGACCAAAAAGGACAAGCAUGUGGUCACGCCCAAUAUUGUUGCGUUCACCAAGCGCUUCAAUCACACCAGUUUUUGGACAGUGCAGGAGAUCCUAAACGGCGAACAGCCCAAGCAGCGUGCAGAGGUCAUGACACACUUCAUUAAGGUGGCCAAAAAACUGCACGAGUUGAACAAUCUGCACUCGCUGUUUGCUAUUAUUUCUGCCAUGCAAAGUGCCAGCAUUUAUCGUCUGAAGAAAACCUGGGCCUGUCUGUCCAAAAAGGAUCGACAAUCGUUUGAGCGACUAAGCGAUAUAUUUAGCGAUCAAAAUAAUUGGUCUAAUCUGCGCUCGUAUUUGGAAAGUCUGCGUUUGCCGUGCAUACCGUAUUUGGGACUAUUUCUCACCGAUUUAAUCUACAUUGAUUUGGCGCAUCCGCAUAAGGGCGGCCUGGAGCCAGAGCAGCGACGCAACAAGAUGAACAACAUAUUGCGCGUCAUCUCCAACUAUCAGCAAUCGGAUUAUCAGCACAUACAGCCGCACGAGUCCACACAGAAGUAUCUGACGUCCAUACGCUACAUUGAGGAGUUGCAGAACAUAUUCGAGGAGGAUCAGUACAAACGCUCGCUGAGCCUGGAACCCGCCUCGCCCUCUGGGCCCAGUUCGUCGUCGUGCAGCUCAAAGGAAUCGUUUAAUGUGGAGUCUGUGGCGCCAGCGUUGGGUUGUUUAAGUCUAUCGCCGGCCAAGACAAUUGGCUCCAUGCGCAUGGCCAGUGGCACCAAGUUUGUGCCCGGCCAUCGCAAGUGUCGCAGCCUGGGCACGAACAUCUUUGGUAAAAUUGCGCCGAACAACUGCGAUGGACAUCCGCAUUUCCUGCACCUGGAGCACGAUCUACCGCUGCAACAGCCGCGUCAUCAUCUGCUCGACGACUCCGUGCUGGAGCACAGCGAUGCGCUGUCCAAUGCGGAUCUGACCUCGCUGGAGAGUGCUGAGGGCAACCUAUGCGACUUUACGGGUAGUAAUUGCGAUCUGAUGUCACCAGAGGCAGCCGCUGCGAUGCAGGGAUGUCUGCGACGCAAGACUGUGCAGAAGGAGGGCCGCAAACCGGCGGUGGCCUCCUGGCAACGCUACUGGGUGCAGAUCUGGGCCAAUUCGCUCGUCUACUUUCCGCCCAAGUCGUUCAAGGGUAGCGACCGUGGCGACUUCAAGCGUGAGCCGUGCAAGGUGUGCCCCCUGGAGGGCUGGUAUGCCCAAGUUAGCGACAACACGAAACAUAAGAACACCUUUGAGAUAUACCACCGCACCCUGGGCACCGUUUAUAAGUUUCGCACAGAUAGUCCGCAGAUGACGCAUCUAUGGACGAACGCCAUUUGUAAGCUGGCAACGACGCGCGUGCCAAAGCCACUGCCUGCCAAUCUGAUGUCCUUCGAGUGAGUCAGCCAGAGUGAGCCGGACACCACCAACCCUCUCGAAAUUGAACUUAUGUACUCAACAAUUAGGUUUAGUUAUGUAGCUGUUAACUUACUCACGAUGUCAUGUUGCAACCACUACAACUACCACAGAACAUUCCCGCAGCUCUCUGCUUGAUAGAACACCACACAUAAAAAAAAAACUGAAAACACCACACAUCAACCACAAACAAACCAACUAACGAACAAAUUAUAAUUUGCAAAUGAAACAAUUUCAAAUGGUAUUUCAAAAGACUGACAGACUAGCAGAGCAAAAAGAAUACGAAGUAGAUAAUGAAGUUAAUGGUGAAUCAGUACAGGAACACACUCAAGAACACAGACACUCGAAAACAAUAGCAAUAUAAUGAUAUUAGCAUAGUCGCAGCAAAUAAUAUAUAUUGGAUAUAUGUAUUUAGACUCUUAAGCCGAUUUCUCAUUUAUUAUAAGCUGUGACUAUCGAUUGCUUUCUGUCCUGUACGUAACUCUCUGUGUAUGUGUUUUGUUUUGUAUCUUGUAAUGUAAUUAGCAUAAAAAACAGAAAACCAUUUCGACAUAUUUAAUUUUUUUUUGUAUGUUCAUAUGCGCUAUUUGUGCCAUAUUAAUUUUAAAUGAAAAGCGAUUUAUAUUUAUAUUACUAUAGAAAGAAUGCAACUGCACUUUAUGCAAAACUUUGUACCGCCUUUUCUUAGGCCAAGUCUAACUAACUAUAAUUAAUAAAUUAAUUUCUAAUUUUCAAGUGUCUACUGAGACGUUUGCUUAACUACUUUGUAACAAAGAAUCAAAAACGAAAAAAAUAAUAAACAUAUACACAACGCAUACUACAAACGAAAAUUAUAGGCUUUAAACAUAGAUAAAAAUAUUGAUAUCAAAUAUAUACUGUAUAUGUAUGUUGCAUGCUAGGGUAAAUAUAUAAGUUUCAUCAUAAGCAUAUAUAUUAAAAUGUUGCAUGUUCUAUAGACAAUACAACUUGGAUUCUUAAAACACAAACAAACGAAAUUUAUGUUAACUAUGGGUAACAGUUACUUUACACACUUACUUUAGAUAUUUUACUUAAGCUUUGUCAUCCACACAGACACAUAUUUGAUUUGCAAAUUUUACCUUAAGCAUUAAAGAAAUGCAACAACGAAAAACAAAAAAAAAGUCUAU